AUGCUGAACUAAUCCUUGCCCUAAUCGAAAAAAAGAAUUUCAUGGACAGAUGAUGUACAAAUUUUACUAUAGUAGGAAGAUAAACUCCUAAAGUAAUUUGUGCAUAAAUACUAAAAUGAAAGACUUGGCUGGAAGAAAAUAUCCUAAUCUCUAAAAAAAUAAGGCUACAAUAGAAAUACAAAGGCUUGUAGAGAGAGAUUUUUCAAUCAUCUUGAUAAUACUUAUAAUAAAAGUGAGUUAACUCAACUUGAACUUGAUAAACUUUUUGAACUCAUAAAAAUUCAUGGAAACAAAUGGGUAUUAAUUUAAUAUAAUUAGACUUGUAUUGCUGAAGAGCUCAAUCAUAGAACAGAUUAAGAUAUCAAAAAUAAGUUUUAUGCUCACGUAAAAAAAGUUUUCAGGAGAUUAUUAAAAGCUUCAUUUUAAACAACUGAAAGUCAAUAUUACCAGUUAUAUCUUAGGUUCAAUGAUUACUGCCAAAUUACAACCUUUAUUGAUUUCAAGCAUAUUUUGUUAUGAGAAUGAGAUAGAUUAGAAGUAAAUUUAAAUCUAAGACGAUAUGAGAGAACUUUUUAAAAGUUUAAUUAGACAAAAUAAAUCAAUUCAAAUUGGAGAAAAAAUAAAUGAAGAAACUAAAGAAAGAGUUAAGUAAAUAUCAGUUUAUUUGUAAAAAGAAAAGUACUUACAAUAAUAAUUUUAGUUAAGUAUAUCUCUAAAAUAAAAUCAUAAGGAAACAAAAAAAAUUGAAAACAAAAAAAAAACAUACUAGCUCAAAAAUCAAGUUUGUCUAUAAUGAAUUUUAACAAUAAAAAAUACUGAAUAAAAUCUAAAAGAAGCAACCAAUUUUUGUCUCUGCUUUAAAAAAGUUAGAUUUCUAAUACCUUGAUUUUUACGCAAAUUUUGCAAAUGCUUAAAAUUAACUCUUUUAGGAUAAAAUAUUCGAAUAAGCAUCCCUCUGUUAACCAUAUUAAAUAACUUCAAUUAACCCUUUUGUUUGGCAGCAGCCUUCAAAUAAAACAGAAUCAAAUUAUGUAAAAUUUAUGAAAAUAAUUUUAGUAACUUGAAUAAACUUCAAUAGCUUAUAUUCAUUCUGAUUCAUAUAAUUAUUCAACUUUAUGGAAUAUUUGA